UUGACAAAAAUUUUUAAUAGUAAAGGAUUUGUUAUCUCAAUUAUAUCAUUGACAGGCUUUGCCAAUAGACCCGCAAUACGUAUUCAACCUAAUGACGUCACAAUUACCCCUGGAACUGACCAUAUCACCAUUCACUGUAUGAAAUCUGAAGACUCCCAGGUGAAAUGGUACCGCAAUGGAAAGGCAAUCAAAGUCCAUCAUGACCCGGACUUACAAGUAACGAGUGACGGAUCUCUCUUCGUCAGAAAUCCGCGAAAAGAGAGGGACGAGGGAACAUAUCGCUGUGUAGUUUCUUCAUGGGAAAAGGUUCUCAUCAGCAGAUUAGCAACUGUAAGAUUUCCUUGUAAGUAACAGUAAGCUUAUUUGCCGUAGGGUUUGGUCAUAUCUACUUAAAACAGCCAUGAAUUUUAUGGGCAUGGGAUUCAGGGGACGUAACUUACAAGUAGCAUGAUUAACCCAGCAAAUCCCACGACAAAUUGGAAAAAUAAAAAUUGAUCUUUGGUUCUGGAAGGAAAGGAACGCAGCCAAUAGCAAAAGAAAAAUUUAUUAGAUCAUCGAAGCUGAAGAAAAUUGUCUCAGUUAGAGCAUGGGUGAACAAACGCAUCCCGUAGAUGGCCUUCCCUCGGGAAUACCAAUACGAGCUAAAAUGGUGAGAUACGAGGGCUGUCACCACAGCUGUGGUUUUAGACCACUGUAGCGUACACGGCACUCCCCCUGUACAUAAGUCGACAGCGCUGGGCGUGUAUUACCUAAAAUAAUUUGCUUAAAAUCACACCACAUGUUAUUUCGUUAUAGAUCUAUAUGAUUUCAGUGUUGGAGACCAGGCUUACGAUGUCUAUGAGGGGGAAAACACUGUGUUAAGAUGUCAAGCUCCAGACUCUUUCCCUCAUCGUACUAUUCAGUGGUCAAAGAUUACAGCUGGUAUUGAAGAAACGCUCGUAAAGUCAUCUCACUACGUUGUCAGUAAGGAAGGAGACCUGCACUUUGCCUUUGCAGACAAAAUGGACGAGGGGGUUUACGUAUGUACGGUUACCAAUCUGUUCCUUAGCUUGCAAGACCAGAGAAAAAGGAUAACAAUCAACUUUGGGUUGCUGCCAGGUAAGCACAAUGCACCCUCUACUAACGGUCACCUCCUCAAAACGAUAGAACAUUUUAGUCCACACAGUUGUGCCUCUACUCCUUGCAACUGAGACAAAAGCCACUGAAGUGUGUUCCAAAUUACCCAUUCAAAAGCGAAUGGUGUACGCACUGUACCAUUUUUUGUCCUUGACUUUUGCUUUUCAAAUCUUGGGGAAGUAAGCAACAGCAACUUCUCUCGGAGGACAGGUAGUCUGUCCCCAACUGGAAAGUAACCAGUUACCCUAUUUCCAAACAGCUCCGCCAAACCUUACUCAAUUUUAGAUCAUAAGGGCUACAAUCCAGGCCCAAUUUCAGAUCCAAAUGGAUCACAAACUUCCCUUAGCUAUUAAGUGAAAAAGUCCCUGAUUUAUACUACCUCGUCGCGAUGAUUAACUCGAUUAACGCUAACAUUUACAAUCACAACUUACAGUGGUGUUCAUGUUGCCGCGCCUCGGCUUGCCCAGUUGCAGAUGAAGUCAUCUCGUUUGAACAUUUUUAACUUUGUUCACUGGAUGUUUCUGUUCAAUAAGUAGUUAUUCAUAGUCUUUACUUUUCCUACAGAUGAACGACAGCCCAGCAAACCGCCGAAGGUAGCAGAAGAGUUUGAGAAACCAAAGACGGCUUUAAAAGGGGAGAAAUUCAUCCUAGAGUGUAUAGUUUACGGCAAGUAAGGAGCACGAAAACUUUAUUUCUGUAGUUAUAUUUUGUUAUUUCUGUUACAUUCCUGACACGCUCGACGGUUGAAUCUAAGACGUUCCCUACUCGGCCGAUUAAGUCCGAGGGAACGGCUGAGACAUUCCAAAAAUUGUUGCCGUUCUGGAAAGACUUAGAGAUAAGCUUUACAAGUACUUAAUUCAAGUCCAAAUUAAAUAAUCCAUAUUGUUUAGCUUCUGAAACGUUGAACGUCUUAAUCAGGCUUUAGGUUCGAGGGUUGCGUUUUUUUUCAUUUUAAUGAUUUGUUCGAUGUCUUAUCCAGGCCAGUCCCAAGUAUUACGUUAAAGAAGAAAGGUACACACGUGACCCUGGGAACAACAACGGGAAAUGUCAACAGGUUGGUUAUCGACAGCUUUGCUCCUCACGACGCUGGGGAGUACAUGUGCACGGCCAGCGACGACUCAGGUGCGUCGAACAAAAAGUCCACCGUCAUUAAAAUGGAAGGUAAGUGUUGCCUGCGGCCGGUGGUUCCACUUGAGUUUUGAACAUUUUGACGUCAUUUCUAUGAUCUAUAAGAAUUCAAACCAUUGGAAAUGUUUGUCGAUUUGUUUUUGUUUUUUUUUUUUUUACAAGAACAUUGACGGUUUUGACUUCCUUUUUCGUGUCUGAGAAAGGAAAAGAGAAAUUGCGCCACCUUCACUUCACUUCCAUGGUUGGACUCUCUCGACCAAUCAGCGCGCAAGAAAUCGCUCAGUUGCUCGAGGAAUAAUUGUUAAUUACUAUUUCUCUAGCUAAGCCCGAGUGGGUCACAAAGCCACAGGACACUACGUCAGUUUCACAUUCCUCAGUGGUUCUACCAUGCAUGGCUUUUGGAUUGCCAGUUGUGCAGUACAAGUGGUACUUCAAUGGCAAACCAGUAAAAGAGACAGAGCGAUACCAUUUUAGUAAUGGCAAUUUAACAAUUAAAGGCCUGACACACUCUGAUAAUGGAAUGUACCAGUGUUUCGUGGGAAAUAAGCAUGGAGAACUUCAUGCUGAUGUUGAGCUCACCGUUUCAGGUAAUAUCACUUAUUAAAAACUGAAUCAUUGGAUAAUUCAAUUGUAGAGCUCGAUUGGCUUAGCCAUCAUGGUAUAUGAGCCAUUAUACCAUGCUCUCGGACGAGUCUGCUCAAAAUUAAAACAAGCUGAAAAUCGGUUGUAUUUACAAAUAAAGUUGGGAAGAAUUUUCGAUAUUUUUAAUGAAACAAUUAUUCCAAUCGCGUUUGUUGGAUAUUGGAUGAGCCAACUCUGCGCUAGUAACACGCCUCGUUGGAUAUCUCAGCGGCAUCCUAUAUCCAACGCUCACUCGUGGAAUAGUUGUUAAAUAUGUACUACACUUAGAUUUGUAUUUUGAUAGAUUUUUUUUCUUUUUUUAGAAGUAAGCACUUUAUCUUUAAAAUGAAGCAAAUGAUGUUGUUUAACUACGUGUAAGUAAAAUACCCUUUCUUGUUCUUGCUCAAGCAGAAAUCCCUGCAGGAUUUGGCACCGGUAGCAGAGCUCCACAAUCCAACCUGCAAGCCCUUGUCCACACUAAUGUGGAGUUGAUUUGUAACCCCACUGGUGAACCGAAACCUACAGUUAGAUGGCGAUUUGAGCCAAUGCUCGUACAGGAUUCUGGCAGACAUCGCAUCCUAUCCAAUGGAAAUUUAAGGAUAAGCAACGUAACUAAAUCUGAUUCUGGGGAGUACACCUGCGAGGUGUCGAAUCGUCUUGCAAAGGCAUCCAGGAAAGGCUUUCUCAGUGUAGUAGGUACGUGUUUUUGUGGGAGUUGUUGCAAGCAUCAGUCGCUCCGUUUAAGGGAAUCCGGAUUCCGGAUUCCAGUAAAUUUUGGCUCGUGGAAUCGGGAAUGAGGGAAAUUUUGUCUUGUGGAAUUCGGAAUCCUGGGUUUUGGAAUCCGGAAUGCAGCUUAAGGAAUUGGGAGUGAAGCUUAAGGAAUCCUGAAUCCCACUAAUGACUGGAGUCCGGAAUCCAAUUUCCACUGACAGAGAAUCCGAAAUUCUGCACCUGGAAUCAGGAUUCAACGUUUGGAUUGCCUUACAUGGGGCGCCUCAAGGUCUCUCUUGAGUUCAAAUUUGAUGGUUUGAGCCACAGGCCAAAUUUGCAACCCUUGGUGUAAAAGAAAGCUAAGUUGAGAACUUCACCAUUUGCCAAAGGGACUGCAGAUCGUUCGUUUUGCUUCGCCAACUAAUUACCAUCUUGCAGUGCGGAACCGUGGCUUGUUUGGUUUUGUUACCCUACUUGGACGACGCAAUAACUCAAAGCAUCAAAAGCUAUCCCUGGGAUAACUCUUGCAUGACGCAGUAUGGUUUAAAUAGAUAAUACUAUAUAUGUUUUAUUUUCUUUCUUUCUUUUUCAGAACUAACUUUACUGUCUUUACACUCCAUAGGGCAUAAAAUAAUAUGGGAAAUUUUUGCUCUUUCAAUUUUUUCAGUUCAGUCUCUAAGUUCAGUCUUCGUUCAGUAUCAGCAAUCUUCAAGGUACAUAUUAGUCUUUUUUUCUUAAAAAAAAAAAAAUUAUAUAUAUAUUUUUUUACUUACAGAGUACAUGAUCACAAGUAAUAUGCCCGACAGUGAGAGAUUAUCAGUUGUCCUGGGGCAGGAAGUAAGAUUCUGGUGUGGUGUGACCACUAAACGGCGAAUUGAGAUCACGUUUCAGUGGUUUAAGUUCUUACGAGAUCGCAUUGUGACUAAUCCUCAUUUGAGAACCUGGAAAAGGGAUAUAUAUAACAACUUGUCAAAUACCAGUGUCCAGAAAGGGUAUCUUAAGAUCCAUGGCGCCAGAUACUCCGACUCAGGACCAUACACCUGCGAAGCGAAAGGGAAUGGCGAGUCCAUAAUGAGGAAAAGCGUUGUCUUGACGAUUCAAGGUAUAGUAGACGUUUAGGAAGGGUUAAGAAGUUGGCACAAGUUGGUUUAACUAUAUCAUACUCGGGUUAUGCAGAAAUCACAAGCAAAUUAAGCAUGCAUUGAUUUAAUCAUGGAGAAUGGAAUGUGCUAAAAGAGGAAAAUGGGUGUAGCAAAUUGUCCAUUGAGUUAAUGGGGAGAAAACUCAAGUUUCUCGAAAAGUUUUCUAGAAAUCAAUUGUACUGUAAAAACGUUCUGCCAAAGCCGACAGCUCAGCUUUUUGAUUCAAUUCAAUGCAACUUUUUUUUCCCGUAUUUCCUCAAAUGAUAACCGUCCCUCGAAUAAUCGCCUCUCGUUGACAGAAAUGUUGAAAAUAAUCGCGUUCCUCUAAUGAUCUCUCCCCCACCUUUUACCCAUAGCGGUAAAUCGUGGAGUAGGAAGCUGAUGUGGAAUCUGAGAUCCAGUAAAUAAUCAGCGACGAUUCAAGCUCUGGCGCCGAAAAUAUUGACAUUGAAAACUAUUCAAUAAACCAAAUUUGGAACACUUGAAAAGCAUAUGUUCAGUCUAUUUGGUGCGAUUAUUUUUAAUUAUUAAUAAUAAGAUAACAAAACAAAUUAUUUAGGGCACGACCACUAGUGAACAAUAUUUGAGAUAAUCGCCUUCCCUCGAAUGAUCGCCUCCUGUUGGUGCGAAAUAACAUAGAAAUAGCCUCGGCUAUUAUUUGAGGCAAUACGGUAAGACGUGAUCUAAUACUGAUUUAAUCAUUAACAGGGCCUCCAGAUCCUCCAAUAAGAAUGUUCAUUGUCCAGGAACCAGAAGCAGGCGAAUCCGUGAAUAUUUCAUGGGAACUUGGAAAAUCAAAUGGUAGUCCAAUAAGGAAGAUGGUCAUCCAAUACUCAACGCAAAUUUCAUCCGACACGUGGCAGACACUUACUGAAGUGGAUGAUCCAGCGGUUAAAGGCCGGAAACAGAUUCAACUGUCACCAUGGUUACGGUAUACCUUUCGUGCUGUUGCUGUCAAUGACAUUGGAAAUAGCACACCAAGUGCCCAGUCUUCUAGCAUCCAAACACCUGCUGCAGGUAAUUGCCUUACACCCUUGCACCGAGCGUCUGAUCAAAAGCCUGGUAACUCUGGUAAACCAUGGUUGAACCACACUUACAAGGCUUUGAAAAAUUAUAAGUAAAAUUGAAAUCCUGGUUAAGCCUGGUUUACCAGGCUUUCGAAGUACAUGUAAGUCUGGGUGAAAUUUACCAUGAAAGUCUGGUAAAUCAGGUUUCGACUGAAAAAUCUUAAGCGGCAAUGGUUGGUUAGUCUGGUAUUACCAGGCCUUCCUGGAAGGCCUGGUUAAAAGUUUCCACCACAAAAGCUUGGUGAGCCUGAUUUUAUUUUCCUGAAGUGCAGUAUUUCAUUGAAAUCCCUCGGGCUCAACGUCACUUCUCCCUGGAUUCGGUUUGCUAAUGUCAUGUUUUAAGUUUCACUGCAUUAAAUUUGUGGGCUUUUCCAGGAGCCUAUCAGUAAGAGCCUCCUGGCAGGUCACGUUUUGUCUUAAGUCAUUGAUAUAAUCAAACCUUAGUUAACAUUCUGUAAACCCUGAACUCUUUCCUUAAGGACCGCUUUUUCUGGUCUGAAGUUGAGUCUUACAUAGUGAUAACCUGUGGGUCCAGUUGUUCGGAGGCCGAUUAGCGUUUAACUCGGCAUUAAAUUUAACCCUGGUUUUCUUUUCUUGUGUUCAAAAGCAUUUUCUUGGAUAAUUUUCUCCGUUAUUUUAUAAGAGCUCCCAAUCAUCAACUUGUAGACAAAAAGAAUUAAAACUGAAAUGCUUUUUAAGGGUUCGAAUCUGAAGUCAAAUCUCGCACUAACCUUGGGUUAUCUUAACCCAGCUUCGAACAACUCGACCCUGGACUUUUUCUCGGCAUUGAAAUGAACAUUCAGACUUAAUUGGAUAUUUCCUUAACUCAAUACUUUUUAACUUUUUUUGAUAAUUCUUAGUCUCAGGUAAGCAUUUGAUAAUGUCUUCCCACACUUUAAGAAACGGAAGAGUGAAACAGGAAUGUUAAUAUAAAGAUAAAGUAGGAACUUUAUGAAGGGUUCCAUAAAGCGCGGUGACUCGAACCUCAUCUUAGAGUAGGGAUUGCCUCCAGUCUGUUAUCGUUUAAGAUUUCAUGAGGAAUGUUGUGCUUUAUUUGUAUAUAGCACAACAAAUAUAAGGUUUAUUAAGCCAAAGCAUUAAAAUAACUAUGAAGUAUCUUUAUUUGCAGCUCCAAGCAGUUUUCCUCUUGAGGUGAGAGGCGAAGGAAAGUCCUCCUCAUCACUUUCUAUCAAAUGGAAACCCCUUCCACUCCUCAAGCAGAAUGGCCCAGGACUUUACUAUGUGGUGUACUACCGAAGGGCAGAUGGCAAAGGAAGGCCGUUCAGGAAAGAAAUCAGAAAUUCUUCGUCAUAUGUUGUGACUGGCCUUAAUUUCUAUACGAAGUAUGAGAUUCGACUACAAGCUGCCAAUGUUAAAGGGUUUGGACCCAAAAGUCCGCCAGUGUUUGGCUAUUCAGGGGAGAAAGGUAGAGAAUUCAAAGUUUAGGCGUGCCAAAGGCAUUCUCCUUAGAAACUACGUCACAGAAUCCAUUGUCAAUGAUUCCUACUUCUAACCUAUUGACACAAAAGUUGUGAUUUUAUCUAGUUCUUCAAGGAUAAAUGUUUCAGUUAAAUUUUAGCUUUCUUGUAAACAUUCAGAACGUUUUGAUUCCUAUGUCCUUACCCAUACUAAACUGAAUGCUGUCAACUUUUGCAUUGCCAAAAAGCGAGCUGCUGAGCAGUUUCCAUAGAUUGGGGAGGCGACAUGUAAAGCCAAUAUAAAACAAGGGAAAUCUAACAAGAGAACAACAUCCAGGAGAGAGUAAAAAGAAUACGUUAUUCAGCAGAACUGGCUACUUACCACACCCCGCCAAUACGAGCAGCUGAUUGAUUUCAGGAGUGUCUCUAAGAGUGAUAUAUUUUAUAUAUCGACAAUUUUGGGAGAGAAAUCGAAAAAUUCCUAUAUUGAAAACAAUAAAACGGCCUCCUAGCCAUAUUAUUGCUUUCAUCCUGGACCUAAUAUUGUUUAAGUAAUAGACGGUUUACUUUUAUCUUUACAGUGCCAGUAGGCGCUCCAAGAGACUUACACGUGCGCAUUACAACACCAACUUCAGCGCAUGCAACUUGGACUGGCGUCCCAAACACAAGAGAGUCAAUCCGUGGCAAGCUUCUGGGGUACAAGGUACUUGCACAAUUGUGUGAAAAUUGCAGAUCAACAUGUGCUCUCGCAAUGGGUUUGAAAGUUGAGAACUUAGGUCGCGUGGCUCAGAGAUCAGUCAGAAUUGCAAUACCGAAGUCCCUUGUUCUAAGCCCACAUACCAGGAUGCAAACCACUGCAGUUGGUUUACAAUAUAUAGCGCCGCCGAGUCCAAUACCUCAGUCACUUCUGUAAAUAUGGCCAUGUGGGUUUUCUCCCACCAUUUUCUAUUUCAUUUGCUAUAUUUUGUUUAUAUUGUUAGUUUGAUUUUUAUUAGCUUAUUUAAGGACCUAAUGCACAACUUUCAUUAACUUCUUCUGUACGUGUUGAUUUUGUUACUGAAAGAUUGUUGACAGAUGAAUUAUUUUAAAAUGAAUGACAAACAGAACAAAAAUAUUUUGAAUCAGUUUUUCCCUUUUAUUGAGAGAGAGUUUCUCCUUUGCCUCGUAGAUUUAUUUCUGGAAAACUCCAAGCGGUCAAACGCCUGAGAAGAACGCCAGAUUCCAAAGUACCAUCGACACGUCCACCACCUUGCAUCUAGAAGCCUUUACCUCCUACAGAUUUCAGGUCGUUGCGUACAACAGUGUUGGUGACGGACCAGCGAGUAAUGUUGUGGGGCCCCUGACUACACCUGAAUCCGGUAUAGACUUUGGAUCAAUUUAGAUUUCUGGGAAACUGCCCACCUACCAGUUCCUUAACCCAACAUUUUGCCCUAAGUGAGAAGUAAAUGUUAAUGUUAACUUAGGGGAAGGGUAGGUGGGCAGUUCCCCAGAUCCACGACUUUUUAAUGAUUUAAUAUGAGGGUCAAGAAAUUGAUUACAAUUAAUUGUUUUUUUUUUCUCGCGGGACCAAGGGAGACAAGUUAAGUGAUGACCAGUUACUAUGGUUACGAGAUAUGACGUCAUAAGUAGUAGGUGGUCAAAUCAGUUUUGAGUGAAAAAGCAUGUUUUGUCAACUUCUUUUAGCAAUAAAAGUAAAUCUUUUGGAUAAAAUGAUGCAAAGUAAUUAUUUAUGUAUUGUUUUACAUAUUAACCACAAAAAAUAUUAAUUUUCACUGUUUUUACCUGAUUUCUAAUUCCCGAUAAAAUCGAAAAUGGCGACCAUGUUGGUGACGUCACAGGCUUCCAGCAAGGUCCCUCCCCAUAAAAUAUACCACGUUUUGUAGAGAAGAUCAAAAGCUUUUCACUGAAGACAAAAUCGUUUCGAAAUAUGGAAACGUAUCAAAAACUCAGGGGAGGGGUUCCAUCGGUCCUCCUUGUACCACACGGUGGGGGUAUGCCCUUGCGCGUACGUUCGAGGGUAACUUUCGAAAGGACUUCUGGGAUCGUGAUUGGGUACGCGCCGAUGAGCUAUUGGUGCACUUGCCAAGUUCCAUAAGUCUUUGCGAAAGUUAACUCAGCCCAGCGUCCUUAUCAUUGCGGGUAACAAGAGGAUCCCACAAUCCUAGUCUUCAAGUUGUUAAUAUAUAGAUUUAGCCAGGGCUAAAAGCGAAGCUCCCAUUAAUAAAUUUAUAUUUUAAAUCAAACAAUAAACUUGUAAUCUACAAAUCAGUUAACUUAAGGGCACAUUCAUGUGACUUUUGAGGGAAAGGAUAAGUUAUUUUAGAGUGAAACAUCUUACAUCGAGUUGAUAGCCUAAAUAUACAUGUAUGUACACCCAAAAAAUAGCAAACAUCUUCUAUCACAUUCAAGAGCCAUAAUGGAUCUUGAUCACAGUAGAUUAGGCCUCGAAAACAAAUACUUGGAAAACAAAUCAGGCCGCAUUUUUUUGCGUUCGACAGGUUUACUUUAUAAAUUCUUGCCAACAAAUCUGAGGGUGUGUAAACCAACCUUUCAUACUUUUUAUACAUCACAUCUGAGGUGAAACAGUACUUUUUAUCAUACAGACCUCGAUCGGACAGAAUACAGCAUUUCACAAUUUUUCAAUGUUCAGGACAAUCAAUCGUGGGCUUUUAGCAAAACAGUUCAAAAAAUUUCCCAAAUCACCCAUACGGCCAGCCGGUUCUCAUUUUUAGUGCGAGUUGUCAGUGUGAUCGGGUGUUUGAAUGAGCUUUAAUGGAGAUACCCUUCAACAUAAUAACGAAUUUAUUAUCAUUAAUUUUUGUUAUUUAAUGGUUCCAGUUAUAACGAUAUGUAAUCUUAAAAAGCGUUUGAUAGGCGCGACAUUUCUAAGUACUCCUGCAAGCGAUGUUCAUGAACGAUGAUAACAAACACCACGAACAGGCGAUUAAAGUUGCAAGAGAGACUACUAACAAUCAAUAAAAGAAAUACAAUUCGGUAAAACACUUACAGAGACAAAAAUUUUCAUUCACGAAGACAAGUAUUAAAGUAUCUCUAAAAAUCCUGAGUCGUUUAAGCUUAAAGCUUAAGCUUAAGUUUAUUUUGUUUUACUUUUACUCGGCCUCCCGGUGUUUGCUUUUUUUUCAAAGAUGAACUCCUCGAAGCAAGAAAAUCACUCAAAGUUUUCUUUCUACAGCCAAAUUUGUAACUAAAUAUUCUUCGGAACGUUUUUUUUUCUAUUUGCCGUGAGAAAAUAUAUCUGAAGGCCUUUUAAAGUUCUGUAAGCUUAUAUCAAACCUGAUACUAGAUCAGAUCAUUGACUCAAAUCUUAAACAAACGUGCAAAAACUUGCUGCAUAAACUGUGCUCGACUUCAUGAACUUAGAUAUAACAAAAACAAACAUCAAAUACAAUAAUUACUCUGGCUUACCAUUCGAGAUUCAGUUCCUGAAAGAUAUCGAGGAAGGCCAUAGUUGCUUGAGACUUUUAAACUCUCUUACGCUUUGAGCAAGGUGAAAGACGAAAACGAUGCCAUCCGAAAUCGGAUUACCCAGUUGUGAGAAGCGACACAUUUCUCAACCAAAAACCCAAUAAACAAACCAGCCUUGGAUAACAGAAGACUCUUGAUAGCAGCUGUAUUUCAUUUUGUACAUCCAGUGGAAAAAGACAGUUAAAAAGAUCACAAGUUGAUACAAAACUCUGUCAGCUUUAGCUGUCAAAGUAAACAACUUUCAAGAUGCUGCAUAAAUUUUCCGCAUGAACUCACCUGUCAAAUUUUGACCAAUCAGAAUACAAAAAUUGGACGUAGAGCGUGACCAACGCGUGACCAUGGUAAGUAAAGGUCUUCCCCGCCUUUAUUUUUAAAAAACUGGCUGAAUUUUCGCGCCCGAGGUCAGUUUGAAAUCAAAAUCUUGACAGUGCGGGGCCAUAGUGACAUAAACACAACAUAUUUCAUAUGAAUCAUUGGAAAAAAUAGACUUGAGCCUGCGAUCAUUUGUCAGCGGAUAACUUCAAAAAAGUACUCGACCUCGAUGGGUCGACACUUGAGCCCACGCUACGGUCAGGUGAUACUGGUCAGCGGAUAUCCUGUUUUGACAGCUGUCAAUUGAUCACAACAUUGAUGUGCAAUUAGUUUUCUAUUGGGCUCCCAAACUAGCAAGAAAGUGUGGGAGUAAACAUUGGUUUCCCUGUGGUGCGGACGGACGGUCGUACGGUCACGUGAUUACGAAAUUUUCUUGGAUGGGUAGAUUACCACAUUUCCUUAGCUAUGGGGCUCCGUCCACGCGCGCUUCGCGCGCGGGUGGAGCUCCGCUAUUACGCAUGUGUCACAUGCCUAGUGUAUGUUGCCACCAUGCGUUUGGACUUCCACUAAGAAUGAAUGAAAUGCACAAAACGCAGUUUGAUCACGUGCUUUUCGAACUUCUACCCCGAGUCAUCUUAUCACGCGUGUUUUGACCGUCUGUCAGUGAAACUUAAGCAAAAUCCCCGUUUGGGGUGCAAAAGCGUUUGACUGCGUUUGGACCUCCGAUCGUUGUCGCCCGCACUCCGUAACCUUUGGUUAUUACAAGUUUAUAAAACUGUUAAUUGCGACUUAUAUUUGCUUUUUCUUCUCCAGUUCCAGAUUCUCCUCGCAGUAUUUCAAUCAACGUUCAGAACGACUCUCACAUACUUCUGCAAUGGCAGCCGCCAGAACAUGUCAAUGGAGCCAUCGCUGGUUAUCAAGUUACUGCUCAGAAGCAGCCAGAGUUAAUGACAGCGAUAACUUGGAGAACUAAUGACAGUUCAACUGAAAUACUGAUGCACCAUAUAGAUUUCCAAGCUGUUUACAGAAUAUCAGUACUGGCUAUUAACAGAAUGGGGAAAGGUCCACCCGUGACUGUUACAUUUGAUUUAUCUGCAGGUUGGUUUCCAUUAUGGUGAGAUAUCAUCUUACGAACAAUAUUAGGUAUUCAAAGGGCUAAGGCUUUGACAUUUCCCGUAUUGAAAGAUUGACAGUGGUAUAAUAGCACUUGGGAGAUAAAUUUGUGCCCCAAAUAACUCACACUACUAGCUCAUAAAAGAAUUUGAUGUUUUGAGUCGGCUGUUUAAUUUUGUACCGAAAUAUCUGGGGCUAUUAGGGGACAAGCAGGGUUCGUACAGUGUAUUGAAUUCUUGAAAAAGUUUUGAAAUUUCCCCAGCAAUUUUCCAGACCUUAAAAAAGUCUGGAAAUAAUAAUAAUAAUAAUAAUAAUAAUAAUAAUAAUGAUAAUAAUAAUAAUAAUAAUAAUAAUAAUAAUAAUAAUGAAUGUUAUUUAGCCAGGGUUAUCUCUUCAGCAUAAAAUGCUGCUAUCAAUGAGGGCCCUGGAAAAGUGGCGAGGAAAAUAGAGAUGAAGUCUGGAAAAAUAGAAAUAGAAAUAGGUCUAUAUUGAUCACCUAUUAGUUUGAUAACCUUGAGAAUGGAAAAGGUUAUUGUUGUUUGGAAAAACGUCUAGAAAAAAAAACGAGUUAUGGUCAACUUUCAAAUCAGUAUUCCAAAGCCCAGAAUUCCGGAUUCGACAAGCAAAAAUGUUCUUGGGUUGAAAGGACUGCUUGAUAGGACCAUCCCACCUUAGAAAAAUGAUUUUUUUUCUCACUUGACACUGAAUAUAUUUUAGGGUCCUCGUUAAGAAAAUAUUUGGGCCAUGUUUUUCGACUGCCCUUCCCCAUAUUUCGAUCCGCUAUGUAGGCGUUUCGGCCUGAGCGGCCACUCUGGACAAUAAUGCAAAACAUAGAGGACUGAGCAGUCUAUUCUGUGAUCGUUUCAUUCACACUUGCUAAGUCGUCUGUUCCUUCUGUUUUAGCACCUCCAGUGGCUCCCACAAAUGUUAAGGCAGGGUUUGAUGUAAAUAGCAAGGAAGCUAGAUUAUCAUGGAAAAGUUCACUGACUGACAUAGAAGGUUUUAGGGUAAGUAGAAACAAUAAAUGUCAAUAAGGUUAUAUAUAACCUUUGUGCAUUUUAAAUUGCUGUCUGUAUCUAAGGACAUGGCGGAGAACUGAGUGGCCAUUAUUACUUAUUCGUGGCUACCACAGAAGCAUAUUCAAAUGCACGAGCGCUUUGAAUAUGAGAAAGGCGGAAAGUUUCCUACAUAGGAAAAACCGCACAGAUUUAAAAUAAAACACUAGAUCGAAGAGUUUGAUUCAGUUCACGCUUCAUUUCUAAUACUUUCAGACCUAUGUUUCUAGCUCGACUUUACUAGUAUAAGUAAAAUGUCCCAAGAAUAAUGGCUAUUCUGCACGUUGUUUCUUAAAACCCAAGGUGGUUGUGUGGUUGUGUUUAACACUAAUUGUUGUUACUCGUUUACUGUAUCUUCAUCCGUUCUUCAUCCUUACGUUAUAAGCCCUGUGGUUUCUAUUUAAGGCUUCCUCGCCACUUUCGUUCUAUUGGGGACCAUUACUAGAAACAAUAGUUGGCCAAUAGUUGACCGGCCUUUCCCCAGUUACAAUCCAAGAAACAAAUGCGGGAACACAUUUUGGUUCCCAGUGGCGGGUCCAGACCUUCAGAUAAGGGAGGGGCCCGGUCAUCUAGACCCUGAGAUAAGUGGGGGCUUGGUCUCAAAACAAUUUUUCACGGCCCUUCGGGCCUCAGUUUGGUCUAACAAAAAGAAGGGGGCAGACAACUGCAGAAUCUUGAAAUUUCAAUAUUUGGCAUGCAGAAACUUAGAAUUUAAAGAUUUGACAUGCAGAAUCUUGAAAUUUCAAAAUUUGACUUGCAGAAUCUUGAAAUUUCAACAUCUGGCAUGCAGAAUCUUGAAAUUUCAAAAUUUGACAUGCAAAACUACCGAAAUUUCAAUAUUUUGCGUGCAGAAUAUUGAAAUUUCAAGAAAUAAAUAAAUAGAAGCAGGAGCCCAUCAAUUUGAUGGGCUCCUGAUAGAAGCCAUGCAACCGUUCGUCACAUCGAGAAGGAAAAUAGGACAAGUUACCUUUUGCAGACUUUUGGGACCGUUACUAGGAAUAGGGGAAAAAGUUGGCCAAUAGUUGACUGGCCUUUCCAAGUUACAAUCCCAGAAACAAAUGCGGGAACACAUUUUGGUUCCCAGUGGCGGGUCCAGACCUUCAGAUAAGGGAGGGGCCCGGUCAUCCAGACCCUGAGAUAGAUUCAGGCCUCAGUUUGGUUUAACAAUAAGGGGGAGGGGGGAACCCGGGCCCCACGGAUCCCUCUCUUGGAUCCGCCACUGGUUCCAGUUUCCUUCUCGUUUCUAAAGUGGUGAAUAGACUGAAUCAGUAGCUCUCCAGACAUGGUCUGUGAUUGGAGAACGAAACAACAGAUGAUUCAACACAAACAAUACCCCCAGCCCUAAGAACAGAGGAAGCUUCUGCUUAUUUAGACCAAUGAAAAUACAGGUCUAGAAGAGCUACUGUACUACUAAGACCGUCAAUCACUUGCAUUGCUCACCACCCAAUUCAUGAUCAGUCGUAAGGCUGGUAUCAUGGGGUUCGCUGUAAGUGUGGCUUGAUAUAGUUUCCUCUUUAAGUUUAAAACAAUAACAGAAAGGCAAGUGGAAGUUUUCACUCUUAGUUGUUUUCUUAUAGAUAUUUUACUGGGGAGAAAGUAAUAACUUACGAACAGUGGACGUCGAUAGAGCACGAAGGAGAAAAGAAAUAAUGUCUGGUCUCGAAAAUGAGCACAAAUUGUAUUUCCAGAUUGCGGCUUUCAAGAUAAUACAUGGAGGUCAUUAUAUUGUUGGGCCAAGGUCAAAAAAAGUUACUGCGGGAAACGGUAUGAUAAUUCUUAAGUUAUGCUACUGA